AUGAAUCAGAGCUUCUGCCAGCUUUCAUGGAGCCGGGAUGUACUGGUAUUUACAUCCUGGUUGGCUCCAAUUGUCUGGGAAGGCACAUUCAGUAGAGACAUCCUGAAUGCACAAUAUAUGCAGAAGAACCUUGUCACUGGAGUGGUCACUUUUGCUGUGAAAAAAUAUGUCCAGUUCACAGAAGUGUUCAUGAGCUUUGCCAACAAGUACUUCCUUGCUGGGCACCAGGUGAACUUCUACUUGUUCACAGACAAUCCUGAGCAGAUCUCUCACCUUCAGAUGGCCCCUGAGAAUCACCUCUUUGUCAUCCCUGUCCAGAAUAACUCACAGUGGCAGGAUAUCUCCAUGAGCCACAUGGAUAUCAUCAGCAGAUAUAUCUGCAGCAAAUUCCAGUAUGAGGUCAACUAUCUCUACUCCAUAGACAUUGAUGUCCAGCUAUUUGAACACACUGGUGGGAAGAUCACUGCUAUACUGGUGGGGACCAUCAGCUCCUGGCAGUAUACCCCACAUCAUGAGAGCAAAUCAUAUGAGACACAGACCGAGUCACAAGCUGCUAUCCCUAAGGGAGAAGGGGACUUCUAUUAUUCAGCAAGCUUCUACGGGGGAAGUGUGGCUGAGGUCUACAAACUGACCAUAGCCUGUUUUAAAGGGGUCAUAGAGGACAGAGAAAAUGGCAUUGAAGCUAGGUGGCAUGAUGAGAGCCACCUCAACAAGUUUCUCCUCUAUCACAAACCCACAUGCCUGCACUCCCCAGAGUACUACUGGGAUGAAGAGAUAAGCUGGCCCCACAUUAUCCAGCUCCGAACGAAGACGCAGGGACGCGUGAGUAUAGGCCGGUUAUCCGUUCGGUUUGGGUUGGGUAUCCUGGAGUGCGACAGUGUGAGACGUCCACCGGACUUAGUAGUCCAUCAGACGAAGCGAGUGUGGACCCCUUAG